UGUAGGUCAGUCAUGCAGUCCUGCAGUUCUGCUCUCUGUAUCCUGAUCUUACUGAUCUCUACAUUCACUACUGGGUCUGAAUCAGCUGUUCCUUCAGUGAAGGUGAAGCUUCAUGACUCUGCUACUCUGUCCUGCUCUGAGAGAUGUUCUGGUUUGGUCAGAUGGACUGAGUUCAGUGAAUCCACUGAUACUCUGGCUGAGUGUGAUCAGACUUCAUGUAGAUCAGUGAAAGAGGGAUAUCAGAUGAUCCAUGAUCAGUACCUGAAGGGAGAUUUUUCACUCAUCAUCACUGAUGCUGAUUUCAGUAAGAGAGGCUGGUACACGUUUCAGUGUGAUGGUAAAGACGUCUGUGAUGUGAAGCUGCUGAUUCAGCCCUUGAACAGUACAGUUCAGAUAAAACCUGGUGACUCUCUGGUGCUGAAGUUGGACAUAUCAGAUCCAGUGGAGGUGAUUUAUAACAGCACAGGUGCAGCUGGACCAUCCGGUCAGAUCUCUACAGUGGAUGGACGAUCACUACAGUGUAAACCUGAAUACACACAGAGAGCAUCACUCACAGCUGGACUUGAGCUGAGAGCAGUGACUCCAUCUGAUAGUGGAGUUUAUACUGUAAUGGACAAGAAGAAUAAAGAGGUCAUUCACACCUACACAGUGAUAAUCGAAGAUGACCAGCCCUGCAGAGACCAGAGAGCCGCUGUGCCAGUGUGGCUGUCUGUCCUCUCCCUCACUGUGUGUGGGGUAUUAUUGUUGGUGAUUGUGUGGAUGUGGAGAAAAAUUCAGCGUCUCCAGAGAAACAGAUGAUGAGCCUGUGAGCCCCAGUCUCUGUCUCUCUUUUGCUCGCUCCCUUUUUCUUCUUUGUUUUGUUUCUUUUUUUUUAGUUUUUUAAGCAUCUAUGGCUACAUAGCUAAUUCUGUCUGAACGAUGUGAAAGGCAGGGUAGUAGCAGCUCUGUUUGGCCUCCCCUUUCUGUUCAAUCCAAAACUGAAUGCCUGGUAUAAAGUCUCUGACGCUGUUGUUGCUCCUGUUCAGUUAAAAGACAGAACAGAAUCACAGUUACAGCAGGAUGAUGCAUAUCAGGCUGAUACAUGUUGGCUGGCUACAUAAACGACCAAUCAACAGAAAAAGAUGAGUUAGUUUAGUUUCAGUUCAGAUCAGUUUAAUCGAGUCUACUUAAGAUGAGGAUUUAUUUAACUUUUAUUUGAAAUCCACAACUGAUUGACGGGCAGGGUUGGGGUAGUUACUGAAAAAUUAGUAGUUAGCUGCUUUCCCAAGAUUAGUAGCUGCUACAAUUUAGCUACUUUUCCAGAAAAAGUAGUGGCUACUUUUUGAAAAGUAGUGUUCCAGAAAGAAACAUACAACUGAAAAGCUGUAAAUAUACAAAAAAAAUCACUAAAAAGUGAGUUUAAGUGUAACCAGCAGUUAAACUUACACAACCAAAGGUGAUCUCCAACACAAAUUUAGACUAAAUAACUAAAUUAACUACUAGAGCUCUUAGGUACAAAAAUGUGUAGUUCCUUAUAAAAAGUAGCGCAAUACUUAGCUCCUCCCCCAUCCUUGUUGACGGGUUCAUUUGCAUUCAGUGUUGUAGACAAACACACCCCUCAAAGGGCCGAACAACUCGCGAAGCUGAAAUCGAAGGAAGUGGGGGGGGAUUCUGCAUCCCAUGACCUUAUUACAAAAACUAUUAUUAAUCUCCAUCAGAUUAUUAAUCUCUGUUAGAUUAUUAAUCUCCAUCAGAUUAUUAAUCUCCACCAGAUUAUUGAUCUCUGUUAGAUUAUUAUCAGAUUAUUAAUCUCUAUCAGAUUAUUAAUCUCCAUUGCAUUAUUAAUCUCCGUUAUUUAUUAGUUCAUGAUUGGUGAAAGUUGAGAUGUUGUAUGUUUUUACUUUGUAAUGCAGACUGAACUGAACUGUCCAGAGGAUGAUUAAUCGACUGAACUGCUGAAUUAUCUCACACUGUGAUACAGUUGUGGUGUUUCUAUCAGGUGAUGAUUCUGAAGGACAGUCAGAUUGAUAAAUCCUCUCAAUUCCACCGUCUGAAAUGUCUUAAGCUACAUAUAUAAACUCACCACCUCCCGGUGAAAUUCACCUUUCACAUGAAUAGUUUAGAUUUAUAGGUCGUCUGCAGUUCAGCGCCAAUCUUUACCGUAUUUAUUUAUGUAGAACGGAUGAUUUCUGGCCCAUUUCUGAUCAGUUUGUUCCAUUAAUCAGUUACAGUUUUCUGCCCUUCCAGUCACUGAGCUCCACAAUCCAGUCCAGGUCUUCUAAUGUCUCCUUUUUGUAGUGGAAGUGAACCUAAACAGUCUCCCGACACGACUAACCGCUUCAGCUCGUCUUUCUUUGCUGUGUUCUGUGUUUGUUUGCUCUAUUAUUCUUAUUCAUAUUCUGACUGUGAGAACAUUGUUCUGUGUUAUGACCCAGAGAUUUAGCCCAGUCCCUCUUAACCUGGUUGCUUCUUGGCCCAGUCCCAUUUCUCGUUUUUGAGUGUCACCCUAAGCCCUUGGAACCGAGUUAGAAGGGGUAGUGUUUGAAAUCUUACCCUACGAAAAGAGACCCUCAAAUAUAAAAAAGCUUCAUUAUUCAUUACCAGCGCUGCUCUGUAGGCGACCCUGCCAGUCUGCAGUGACAGCAGAGGAGGGUAAAGCUC